AAUAGUGAAUGAUCUAUCUCGACAUCUCACACAUUUAGUCAAAUUUUGAUUAGACUUCAACAUAAUUAAGCCAAGGGUUAUUAUUUUUGUGUUGAAAGAUGCCCGACUUUCGUAACCUCUCAAGAGUAGGACAUAAUGCAUACUCAUCAACCAUAGCUCAAAGGCCCAUAGGAUAAAUAUAUAAAAGCAAUAAUAUUUGGAAGAUACGACUAAUUAUGGGUCGUACUUGUAUUGAUUCAAGGGACGGCAGAUGAGAUAUCAAGCCCACUUCAAAAGUCUCGCCUCUGAACAUUAUUUUGAGUACAAAGCAAUGGAGCAUACACUACUGGCCGACCCCAUCACCAGAUGAGAAAGAGUGAGGUGCACGAACACUUUACCUUUUGUCACCUCAAAACUAUGUGAUUCUGAUCUGAUAUAUAUAUACACACACUCAUCAAUGUCCAAAUCACUCCACUAUUUUUCUUGAUUCAAAAUCACAGAUUGUUGAAGAUGAUUACCGGGAUCAUCGUUGAUGAGCACACGUCCCCAGUCGCUGUCGAGAGGCUAUGGAAGGCAAGCAUUGGUGACAUGCGGAACCUCAUGCCCAAGCUUCUUCCCCAGCUCGUAUCAAGCAUUGUCAUUCUUGAAGGAGAUGGUGGAGCUGGCACCAUUAUGCAGCAUAACUUAAAUAACGCCGUUAAGGAAUUUGCGUUUGUUAAGGAUCGCAUAGAAGUAAUAGACCAUGAGAACCACAUAUUUAAGUACUCUGUUAUUGAAGGUGGUCUUGUUGGUCUCAAAUUGAGUUCUUUCACAGCUGAGAUUACCUUCAGUUCUACCAGAGAAGGAGGCUGCUUGGCCAAGGUAAAAAUCGAGUACGAGUCAUUGGAAGACGGCAGCUUGCUGUCUGAAGGAGAUGUUAUAAGCAUAAAGGAAGGGAAUUUGGCGAUGAUUGAGGCCGUUGAGGAGUACCUUCUGGCAGAUCCGAAUGCUUAUGUAUGAAAUUUAUCGAUGAACCAAAUGGCUUCUGCAGAGAGGCUCUGACGACUACGUAAUUCUUAUUCUAGUAUUUUGUAUUUUUGUUCAACGGGAGAAACAUAUUAUUGUCUUGUCUCAAAGAGGUUCCCUCGAUCGGCAAGAAGUUUUGAAGCUGUAUUGCAAAUGUUUCACUGCAAGUGAGGCGUAUAAAUAAGAACAAGAGAACUUAGAGAAGAA